AGCCUGCGCGCCACCGUUCUCUUAAAUGCGCAGGCGCUCCGGAAGCCCCGUGACAGCGGCGCAUGCGCAGCGGAAGCCAAAGCCGGUGGAGUGAGAGAAGGGUCGCGCGAGCGUCGUAGGUGGAGUUGGUGGGCGCUAUGCUGUCACCCGAGGCUGAGCGAGUACUGCGGUACUUGGUAGAGGUGGAGGAGCUCGCCGAAGAGGUGCUGGCGGACAAGCAGCAGAUUGUGGACCUGGACACUAAAAGGAAUCAGAAUCGAGAGGGCCUAAGGGCCCUGCAGAAGGAUCUCAGCCUCUCUGAAGAUGUGAUGGUUUGCUUCGGGAGCAUGUUUAUCAAGAUGCCUCAUCCUGAAACAAAGGAAAUGAUUGAAAAAGAUCAAGAUCAUCUGGAUAAAGAAAUAGAAAAACUCCGGAAACAACUUAAAGUGAAGGUCAACCGCCUUUUUGAAGCCCAAGGCAAACCAGAGCUGAAGGGUUUUAACUUGAACCCCCUCAACCAAGAUGAGCUUAAAGCUCUCAAGGUCAUCUUGAAAGGAUGAGACUCAAGAACCAAGAUGGGGGACCAGUGACCAGCAACCCCCACAGGGUCAUGGAGGACCCAAGACCCUCCAACCUUGACACCUGUAAGGACAGGAUCUGCCCUGUAAGGGGACAGGCAUCAGGUAUCUGGCCGUGAAAACCUCUUUGUCUAUACUGCUUGGCUGCUCUGUGACAGCAGGAGGGAACCCUCAGCCUGUCUGGCUGCUAGACCUGGACACCAGGGCACAGUGCACACAAGACCUAUUGAUAGGCCCUGGCAGCCACCAGUGGGUGUGUGGAGCUGUGGCUGUGGGGGUGUGCGAAUGACUGCAGCAGGCACUUCUCAACAAUGGCCUGCUGUAAGGACCCUGAGCAGGGAAGGAGGGAGGGGGAGGGGGCAGAGUGGAGCUUCAUCCCAGCAUUUCUCUCAGAAGAGAGCUUUUCAGGCAGGUGCCCUGAGAUGGGAAAGCAAGAGGCUGAGGAGUGGAUGCUGAAUGAAGAACAGAAUCUUGGUGCUUUGUGGCUCACCACAGCCACCUGUGUGUCUGCCCCACAGAUGACUGCCAGCUCCAUUUCUGCCCUUUCUCCCUGCUUGAUUCCAAGAGUAGAUGUUGCCUAGCAGCCCUUUGUGGCCACUCUUCCGUCAGGAGGGCCCUGCAGAGUCCUGCACCAGGCCUGCAUGAGUGGGUGCCCCUCCACCCCCUCUGAAAGUGGGGCCUGGCCAGUGCUGCUUAGUACUGUCUGCCUCCCGUGGUAUGAACUGCCGUGAAGUCAGAACUCUUGUGUUCAUUAAGGGCUCAAUAAAGCUUAGCUGAAUGAAUAAAUAA